AUGACGGUGAAAACCAAGGCUGCUGGGGACACCCUCACUUACUCCAGGGUGAGGGGCAUGGUAGCAAUUCUCAUCGCUUUCAUGAAACAGAGAAGGAUGGGCCUGAACAACUUUAUUCAGAAGAUUGCCAGUAACUCCUAUGCAUGCAAACACCCUGAAGUUCAGUCCAUUUUGAAAAUCUCCCAACCUCAGGAGCCUGAGCUCAUGAAUGCCAACCCUUCUCCUCCACAGAAAGCGGUCCUGAAAAAGAAGGAGGAAAAGCAUAGUAUGUCAGAGCGGAAUGUUCUCCUGAAGAACGUGAAAGACCCUUUCCUGGUGGGCCUCCACUUCUCUUUCCAGACGGCUGACAAACUGUACUUUGUCCUAGACUGCAUUAACGGUGGAGAGUCGUUCUACCAUCUCCAGAGGGAGCGAUGCUUCCUGGAACCACAGGCUCGGUGCUAUGCUGCUGAAAUAGCCAGUGCCUUGGGUUACCUGCACUCUCGUGCAGGUAGUCUCGUUUAUAGAGACUUAAAGCCAGAGAAUAUUUUGCUGGUUUCACAGGGACACAUUGUCCUUACUGACUUUGGACUCUGCAAGGAGAACACUGAACAUAAUGGCACGACGUCCACCUUCUGCGGCACACCCGAGUAUCUUGCACCUGAGGUGCUUCAUAAGCAGCCUUAUGAUAGGACCAUGGACUGGUGGUGUCUGGGGGCCGUCUUAUAUGAGAUGCUGUAUGGCCUGUCUCCCUUUUAUAGCCGAAACACAGCUGAGAUGUACGACAGCAUUCUGAACAAACCCCUCCAGUUGAAGCCAAAUAUUACAAAUUCUGCAAGACACGUCCUGGAGGGCCUCCUGCAGAAGGACAGGACAAAGAGGCUUGGUGCCAAGGUUGACUUUAUGGAGAUUAAGAAUCACGUCUUCUUCUCCCUAAUUAACUGGGAUGAUCUCAUUAAUAAGAAGGUUACUCCCCCUUUUAACCCAAAUGUGAGUGGACCCAGCGACCUGGGGCACUUUGAUCCCGAGUUUACCGAAGAGCCCGUCCCCAACUCCAUCGGUCGGUCGCCCGACAGUAUCCUCCUCCCAGCCAGCGUCAAGGAAGUGGCUGAGGCCUUCCUGGGCUUUUCCUACGCACCUCCCGUGGACUCUUUCCUCUGA